CCUCCUCUUCGUCUUCAGCAGCCACAGCCGCCAUUACUUUUAGGAGUCGUGUCUUUGGCUUGGGUUCUUAUAUACGAAUGGAUGAAGAAAACGAACCAACGAACGAACCGAAGCCUCUCGUGCAAGGUAAGCAAGCCAACGACAACUAGCUGCCAGACUCAAGCAACGUGCAUGCCAGUAGAGCCGUAGUUAACAGUGGAAGUAGAAGGUUAUACCGGGCAGUCUAACAAAUAUACUAGAAACAAUUUAUAAAACCAAACAAAUAGUUCAUUUCGUCUAAAAUUGCAGUUGAAAAUCUCCUCCAUACGAUGCCUUUAUGAACAAACAUAACUUAAUUCUGUGGCUGUAUAUCGAUAAUUAUUUACAUCGUUUUUCCUUCAGCAAUUGCUCCCGCCAGAUUCAUCUUCGAUAUUUGUGGAAAAAGAAUUCCGUAUCAGUGCCAUUAUUUAAGACAGCCAUCAAGAUGUGUGCUCUAGUGUUUUUGUCUCUCUCUUUCAAUAUUAAACUCGCCAAUUCUCGCAUCCGUGAGUACAUUUGAAUUGCAAGUUCCGUUGCAAAAUUAUCCACGUACAAUAUCAACAAUACGAUGUGUACAACAUUAAACAAGUGCUGGGUGUAAUUUCUUCGUCUGUGAUCCAGUCUUGAUUACAAGUAAGUACUUAACGUGUUUCACUGCUUUCGUGAUGAGAAUGAUGUACAAGUUCUUGAUGAAUCUGUUCAAUGUAGUGCUUUGCUCUCAGGUACACUGUGCAUCCAUGUCUAACUGAAGAAAACUUUAACACACAUAUAUAGAGCAGUAGUGGACUAUUCGCUGUCUUGUGCAACACUUGACGUCAAAAAUAUUUCUUAAAACAAUCCAACUCUGAAGAGAAACAAACUGUGAUAAAUUCGCAUUGUUCGUGAGUGAGUAAUUCCGUGAAUGGUCUUCUAGUGUUGAGGAUAACAAGUGUAUAUAUCUUCCAAAAUUUACUCGCUUCUCUACCACAUCCAAACCAACCGAAGUACGGAGGUACACUAAAAGAACAGAACUCGUAACAACACGAACUUGUUGGUGGAAACGACGGAUGUGAACGGAACAGGUUGGCACUCUUAUAGAGGGAACUAACUAGCUGUAGAGGACACCGAACACUGUGUUGUUCAAAACCGGUGUUACAUGUUGAGUGCACAAACCAGGGGUCCAGCCGUAGCUGGUUUUAACCUUCCGCUACUGCCCACUGCUGCAAACUUGCUUCUAAUUCCCCUUACAGAAACAGACAUACCUUCGUGUGUGUGUGUGACGUUAUAUAAGGGCUUUUAAUGUCAUGCCUUGUGCCUUUAUUUGCUAGCUCAACAGGGAACUUACAAGAAGAACCUGAAAAGUUAGUAAGAACAGGGGAAAGAAAAACAGGACCUCCCCUACAUUGAACCUGCCGAGUAAUGUACCCUUCCCCUCCUCUAACGUUCCAUCCAAAACAGUAGAAAACAGGUUCAUCAUAAGUAGUUACUACUAUAUGCUUUACUACUUCUACUACUUCAUUCGUUGUUUGGAGUAUUUUAAGCAGAAGAAGCACCCAUUCCGGUUUUCUUCACGCGAGCUCUUGUAUUUUUACAUUGGUUCACUGACAGAACCGGUCGCCUGUCAUAAUAAUAUCAUCACGUGCCCUACCUGUUACACAACAGUUAAACUUGCACCAGGUUCCGCUAUUGAUGCCCAGAACUAAACGGAGGUGUUCCCAGACAAUUCAACUAAGAGGUCAUUAAUACUAUCACUCUUACUCCUUCCACAAAAACAUCUGUAAUUUGAACAAACAAGUUAACUUUUAACAAACUUGUUCUAAAUAUACGUUAAUCAGAGACAUAAAUACCAUGUUAACUCGUCACAAAUGAAUGGAGUAAUUGAAUGGAUAUACAAGUGGUACAUAAAAACUGAAUAAACGUUUAAACAAAUAUUGCACGUCGCACAAAUUAACUUGCCAAAAACAAAAGAGCGAGAUUUAAUUUGAAUAGCAAAAUAAUUGUUUAAGAAACGAUAAAAUUACAUAAUGACAAAACGGGGAUUGGAAAACUGUGUGACUGUACCCCAAGACAGUCCUCCAUCACCCCCACCCCCCAUGGCAUCGCCUGCACCAACAUCAACCCCACCACCACAUCAGUCAACAAGUCCGCCGAUCAUGCUGGCCACGAUGACACCAGUCAGUGUCAUCGGACUGGAAAAAGAGUUUGGUGAUGAAGAUGAUGACAAUCAGAAACCAGUUUCCCUGUAUCAAACACACAUUAUCACAAGUAACCAACUGAAGGAUGAAUUCGGACCUGACGAAGACGAAAAGAAUUCUAGCGACGUCACAUAUGAAGAAAGAGUAAGGACACCUCACGAACAAGCAAAGGAAUUAUCCGUCAGAACCGAUGAAACUUCUGCAACAGAGACAAUACCUCAAGUUCAUCUGGUGGACCCAGGGACUGGAGCUACUGUAGUGGCUACUACAACUGGGGCUCCAAACAACGCCACUGUUUCUGUCGUGGUCCAGCAACCUCAGCUUCUGAACCAGGCGUACCAACAGCAACCCGGAGCAGGGACCACGGUUCUAGUUCUGUCUGAGCUUGUGGAGGACAUGUCUCCAGUCAUCGGUAUCAGAAAGCGCAAAGACGUCGGGGGGGAGGAGUACGUGUUAGGGCCGCCCCUCUCCACACGUACUGGAACUCCCUUGGCCCGUAUGACUGAUAUGCCACCAUCAGGAGAACCUGGGGGUGGAGGGGCUCCUGGCGACGAUGGGGGCUGGCGAACAGCGUACUACAGCAACGAGCAUCCCCUGACAGCUGCUACAACGGCCAUGCUGAACAUCAGCAGCGGCGGAGCAGAGGAAUCGACGCAGUCCAUGGGUUUCAUCUACGAGUAUUACAAGUUGCAGCAGCUUCCUGCUACAGUCGGCGAUAAGGACAAACUAGAAAUAUGGCCGACGACAUCCUCAGCGAGUGGCGGUCCCUUACUGACGUCACACGUGAAAGCCUCCAAUGGACUGGGUACUGGGGCGGGACACGAGUUGAUCGCCCCUCCUCCGUCGUCGUCGGUACUUAGCCCCGCCUCACCUGCUACUGUGUCUUCUGCUGCAGACCUGCAAGGCCUGUUUUUGCAUCACCACCACCACCAACAACAACAAUUGCACCAUCAACAAUUCAUCGUAAAGCGAGAACCGGAAGACUUGAGUCACCGCCACAAAGUUUCCGGCUCGCCACCUGUGCUCGACACGGGCACAACUGGGAGUAUUAUAAUCAGUGGAAAGUCUGGUAGUGCCGGAGGAGGACCACGACAUAAGCUCGUGCUGGUUCCUGCUAAUGGGGGCACAGCGGGUGCAGUGGCAGGGGACCUAGUCGUGGAUGUCGUCAAUAACAAUAGCACCACGAUCAAAGAGGAGAUCCCGUCACACCGAGGCCUCAACUCCCCGCAGCACGGCAGCCGUUCCAUCAACGGGACGCCUUCCUCCACAUCGUCGCUCCUGGGGGCAGACGGUGGCACCUCGACAGCCGGCGGUCCUAUAGAACUGAUAACAGCGGACGGUCUCAAGCCCCCGAUGUCUUACAGCACCCAGAUAUUCACGUCCAUGAACAACGCUCAACAUCAUGGUGGGAGUGGAACGCCGUCCCCCAUACCGUACACUGAUCAUGUGCCACAAUACACGACGACCGCCGUGUCACAGGGGGGUGGCGGUGCAGGUUAUGUGACGACGCCAUCGACAGGAAGUAUCCGUGCCACGAGUUCCGCUUUCGCUGUAACGGAUCCUUAUUACCGAGAAUAUUUCACCCCGGUGUCCGGAACAUCCUCGGCCGAGCAGGGAUACACGACGACGCAAGUUCGGCAGCAGAUUCCACCCUACGCGGACAGUCCUGAAGGACCUGGUGGAGGCGGUGGUGGUGGCGGAGCGUCGAGCGCCACCACGGCGUCGAUGAUGGAGCGUUAUGUGCGAAGCACCGUGUACCACAAUAACAAGAGUGCUGUGUCGGCAGCCACGGUUGCGGGCCUCACGGUGGACUUACCCUCGCCCGACAGCGGGAUAGGAGCCGAGGCAGUCACCCCGCGCGACCAGACGGCUAUACAGCAGCAGUUCGAUUACACCGACCUCUGCCAAGCAGGACCUCUGCUGAGCGACCCGGCAUUGGUAGCCCAAAGAGCAGCUGCAGGACAGUCCCCAGGGCACAGCAACGCAGGGGGUAGAUCGCGACCCUGGCACGAUUUCGGCAGACAGAACGACGCUGACAAGAUACAGAUACCCAAACUAUACUCGCAAUAUGGCUUCAAGUACAACCUGGAGACACCCAUCUCGACGAGUCAGCGACGAGAGGAUGACAGAAUCACGUACAUCAACAAGGGACAGUUUUAUGGAAUCACAAUGGAGUACAUACCUGACCCGGAUAAACCUCUUAAGAGUCAAACAGUUAAGAGCAUCGUGAUGCUUAUGUUCCGAGAGGAGAAGAGUCCAGAUGACGAGAUUAAAGCGUGGCAGUUCUGGCACGGGAGACAACACAGCGUCAAACAGAGGAUAUUGGACGCAGAUACGAAAAACAGCGUUGGUCUGGUUGGCUGCAUUGAAGAAGUGGCGCACAAUGCCAUAGCAGUGUACUGGAAUCCACUCGAAAGCACAGCUAAAAUAAACGUAGCGGUGCAGUGCCUCAGCACAGACUUCAGCAGUCAAAAAGGCGUCAAGGGUUUACCUCUUCACCUUCAAAUAGACACGUACGAAGACCCAAGAGACAGCACAAUCUUCCACAGGGGGUACUGCCAGAUCAAAGUGUUCUGCGAUAAGGGUGCAGAAAGGAAGACACGUGAUGAAGAAAGACGAGCUGCUAAGCGUAAGAUGACGGCUACUGGACGAAAGAAGAUAGAUGAGUUGUAUCACCCACCAACAGAAAGGUCUGAAUUUUACUCCAUGAGUGACCUCACGAAACCUCCUGUCCUCUUCACCCCUGCAGAGGACAUUGACAAGUUGACUUCAAUGGAGCUGCAGGGAUUCUAUGGUCAUGAAACAGACAGCUCAAGCCUGUCGAAUGGGGAGGCAAGUUCUGGGUCUCAGCAUGGGCUUGGGAAGCAGGGAUUGCCUUUCCUCCUGCAUUCGAGCAAACCGAGCACCACGCCGACUCUCAAGUUCCACAACCACUUUCCCCCGGACACACCUUGUGAUAAGAAGGAUGGAAUUAUUGAUGGUGCAAACUUAUCAACAGAUGGCACUGUUUUCUCAAGCCCACCAAUCAAAAGAGCCAAAAUGAUGGCAGCACCGUCACUUAAUGAACGAGUGAUGUUGUAUGUCCGCCAGGAAACAGAUGACGUGUAUACGCCCCUUCAUGUCAUACCUCCCACAACACAGGGGCUACUCAAUGCGAUUGAGAAUAAGUACAAAAUUUCUACUUCAAGCAUUAGUAACUUGUAUCGAAAAAACAAAAAAGGGAUUAUAGCCAAAAUUGACGAUGAUAUGCUCAAGUACUACUGUAACGAAGACCUCUUUCUUCUGGAGAUAAAACAGGUGGAGGGCGAAGAUGCAUUUGAAGUCACACUCAUUGAACUGAUAGAUCAUUAGCAGCAGUAAAUAAUGUUGUCUCAUCAAUAUCAGUCUUUCAUUGCGAUGCCAUGGGGGCAAAAUAUUUCAGUGCGUUCACACUAUCAUUAUGAGUAUAACUCUUACUAUAUCAUAAUAAUUAUUGUUAUUUUAUGUUAAAGUGAAGAUUAAAAUAUAUGUUCUAAUAAAUUUAUCACGUUUGUCCUCUAGUACGCAAGUGAAUAAAUGUUUUAUUGACAACAUUGAAAAUAAUGGUUAUUGUUUAUAUUUAUUUUUUAUACAAUGAAACCAAUAUUAAAAUGACCGUGUAUAUGAGACCAAGUUCAGAAAAUUGACUCGGAACAGAAUCAAGUGAAUGCGUGAAUGAUGACAGAGUGAACGAGUGUAUUAUCUGCUCUUCUAGUGAGUUGAUAUUGAAAAGACUUCUACCAUAUUGAUGUUGUCGAGAAAAACAGAUAAAAGUGGCAACUUAUGAUAAUAAAAUGCAACUUGUUUUGGAGAAGAAACAUUAGAAUUGGAGGGAAUGUUUUGUAAAAAUAUGGUAAAGAUUUUAUAUAUAUAUAUAUAUAUAUUAUAUAUAUAUAUAUAUAUAUACACACACGCGCACACGCACACACACACACACACAUACAUAUACAUAAACCUGCCCCAUCUGUAAAAUUAGUUAAUGUCUACUGAAUUUAAAUUUAAAUUCUUCUAACAUGAUUACCUUUUUAUGGAUGAGGAACUUUAGAGUUCUAAGAAUCAAUUGUGAGUUUUAUGUUAUAUUUGUUGUGGUUUUAGUUUUAAAGAAACCUGUUUCAGGGUUUGUUGAUCUCAAAAAUGUCAGAGAACAUUUAAAAAAGCACAAAUAAACACAACUGAAAGCUUUAGCUUUGUUUCCCAGUCAAGGAAAGGUCUUGGCUAGAGAUGUGUGACAUAUGAUGGGAUUUUUGAUGGCAGCCACGUACAUUUAACCAUCUGACGGCAAACAAAACGUCAUUCUCAGCAACGCAGAAGUCCUCCCCAAUAUUGUGACUUGCAAGAAGAUCCUUUAGCCUUUGUACUGAUCUUCAGCUGAAAGUGAGGUAUCAUUCAGCGAAAGUUGCUGCAGUUGUUCAGAGUUGUGAUCGAUAUUGGCUUCGUACUUUUUAAUGCCCAUAGACGAAGUAGAAAUGAUUAUUUUAGCAAAUUAUUGCUCAGUGUAACUGGUAUUUCGCGAAGUCACAUGUUUCAGCAAUUCAUGUGAACACUAUAAAGUAUCCAUUGCCUCCAACAUAUAAUGUGUCGAGGAAUACUUUAUUAAUGCAGAAUAAGUCAAAAUUUCAAUGCAACUUUAUUGUCUGAUAAUAAAAGCCAUAUCUUUUGACUGCUUGAUAAAAAGACUAACUCUGUCUUCCAGUAAGUAUAUAGUAAAUAUUAUUAGGAUAUUGUUAUUAUCUUAGAAGAUAGUUUCCUAUAUUGUUAAUAUACUAAUAGGGAACCAUGUACUGGAGAAAUUUUUGGAUGUUGUUAGAAGUUAAUUUUGACAUGUUAUAAUAGUAGCACACAAUUUUCAUUAGGCAAUUGUGUUUGGUUCAUUAUUGUUACCAGUACAUAGGUCACUGUGAUAGACAAAAGACAUUAAAAUUACUAUCGGUGUGAUAAUUUCAAGCUAAUUUGAAGCAAUAAUUUCUUCCUUUAACAGUAAGAGGAAAUUAGGUUAUGAAAUGGGCACUUGAAUGUAAACCAGGUAUAAAGCUCAAUAAGAAUAGCAGAUAUUGUACUUAAUGUCUAUUGGAUCUUUAUUAUAUAAUUAAAUUUGAUAAAAAAGAAUUUAAAAAAUAAGGAAAAUUAAUUUCAUCUGGAAUUUUUUUUAUAAAUUUAUGCAUUUUGGAAAAUUAAGAUUGCAGAGAUAUCCUUUCAAAUAAACCCCGCUGGUUGAUUGUUGCGUACCUGAGUUUCUGUUGUGUAGCAUUCCAAAUAAUCAACAAAAAUUUGUUCUCAGAAGGAUUACCAAGUAUGUAAUAACAGUAGACCUAAUUAUCAUCGUUUGAUCGCUUUUUGUUUCACUGUAUUAACUAACAGCAAAACCUCAAUGUUAAUAUUCAUUUCAGAAAUGAAAAUUAAGGUAUCAUCAUUUAAAUAUAUAUUUAUAUAUUCUGGUGGUGAUGGUGAAGGUUGUUGUGAAAAAGGCUGGUCUCCAAACUCCUUGUUUGUGUUUUAUACGAGUAUAAUAUAAAAGUUAUGUGAGUGCAUGUGUUUUGUAUAUUAAUUGUGCGUGCCCUAAUUUAUUGAGUAGUACUUUUGUUCCCCUUUGUGUGUUGCCCAUUUUUUGUUAUUGUUACAAACAUUUUGAUACAUUUAUAUUUUCAUUUAAGAUAUUUUAGUAUCAAUUAUUUUCAUGGGUAACAACAGAGAUGUGUUUGUAUGUUUUGUAAUGUAUCUCUCAAAAAUAUAUUAUCUAAGCUUAUAUUAAUCUCACAGACUCUACUGAAUGAAGCCAUUGCAUUUAUACUGAUGGAAAAUAUUUUAAGCAUAAUAUUACAUCAAAAUUGUAUCAUCUAGUUUAACAGAAAUUAAAUUAAACUUGAUUGCAAUAUUCAUGUGCCAAAAAAGAUAUGUAUCUGUGGUAGUGUUAGAUUUAACAAACGGACUAGAGCAAUACAAAAUUCAACUGUAAGAUAUAAAAACAUAGAAAUCUUAUUGUAAGAAUAAUACAUUAUUUUAUUUCUUCUACUCUUUGGUUACAUUUUUGAGAGGUGCAUUGCUACAUUAAUUAAUUACCUGUACAUGAUAUCAAAUAAGUUACUUUAUUAACAACAGAAAUUAAAUCUUCCAAGUCUCUUUGUUAAAUCACAGUUCUCUGCAAUUUUAAAGAAUGGCUGAAUUUACUACUUGUUUCCUCUUUCACUGAUAGAAAACACCUAAGAAUUCUAAUACUCUAGAAUCACAACUAAGAAUCUGGGGGUAAGAGAGAUCAGAAAAUGUAUCUUUGCAUAGCACACCUAUACAAUUCAUUCAGAACAAAAAAAGCUAAUUUUCUUGGAAAAUUUGCACCUCCAACCUUUGAAGUAUUUUCCUUGUAAUGGGAAGUAAAUUACUAAACAAGCAGUUGGAGUUCUAGAAAUUUACAUUUCCAGUAUAGAAAAAUGUAUUUAAAAAGUUGAGUUAAAUAGCUACUAAGUAGGAAGAAAUUAAAUAUGAAACAGCAAUGUUUUUUUCCUUUGGACUGUUCUCACUGUUUUAUUGAACUACUACACUGAACAGCAAUAUUGUAAUUUUGGGAUAACGAAAUAAAUACACUCAUGUUUUAAUUGAAUACCCUUCCAUGCUUGUAAGCCUAAAUUAGUUGCUCAGCGGCUUUUCUAACAAUGAUAAAGAAGUUUCCUCUAUGGGUUUGUGUUUGUUAUUUCUUUUUAUUCUAAUAAGUAAAAGCAUGCUUGCAAUUUAAACAUUUCAAUUAUCUAUUUUGAAAAUAAGUGCAUUCAUUCUGCAACAGAACAUUGGUAUUUUCUUAAAUUCAUAUCAUGGAAACUUGUAAAAAUAAAUAUUAUUUCUAGAUUCAGAGGUUAUUAGUUACACCUGAAAAUUCAUUAACAUGAAGAGGAUUUAUCAUGAUCAGAAACUGUCACUGGUAUUUGGAUAAAUAAUUCAGUUCUCUGUACAAAUUUAAAUAACAGAUAGCUGCACUGCAAAUUUUUGGACUUUCUUUAUAAUAAUUCUAAUUACUCAUUAUGAGUACAUUACAUGACAGCAAAGAUUUAGUUUAGUUAAAAGAAAAUUACUUGAACUAAUGUAAAUAUUUUUAUUUCUACUCAUAUCUAUUCCUUUAAUCAAAAAGUAUAUGAAUAAAUAAAUGUAUGUGCUGUUGUGGUAGAAUGUAAGUCAAGAUUGAGCAAUGUACAACAAAGUUGCAAUGGUCAGAGCUGCCAAGCAGCAAAUGAAUGUUCACCAUUAUGUUGACUUCUUUAUUGUUGAGAAAAGAACAAUGAACAAUCUUUUUCAAAUGGGAGUGCAAUUAUUCUUUUUUGAAAACAUAUGUAAAAUAAAAUCCGUUACAUUAUAAAAUCUGUCAUUGAACAACAAUCAUUUCCAUUAUAUUUUACACUAUAUAAUUUCUUACAUUAAUCAGUGUAACAGUCUCCACUUUUUUAAAAACAAACAUCAUUUGCCAUUAUCAGAAUAUUAUUAGCAAUAUUGAAGAUUGAGCAUCUAAGAGUUUCCAUGUGAUAAAAGGAGGAUGUGUGAAAGUUGUGUGCUGUGAAUUCUAUUCCUUUUCAGUAUAUAUGAAGCCUUCACUUUCUUCAUCCAUUAAUGAGGUCUGUAUUUUCAUAUACAGUAUAUAAAAAAAUUAAGCUUAACAACAACUGUCAUGCUUUUUGAUAUGCAGUACAUGUGGUUUUAUUAUAAGAACAUUGUAUUUAGAUUAAGGACCAAUAACUUUGGCUCCACACAAAUCAAUCAAAUGAUUUGGUUUAAUUUCAUAUUUUGAAGGACUCAGUCAAAUUGUAAUUACAUGUUAUGGUAUUGUGGAAACCUUCGGUUGCUUUUUUUAUAAUUAUAGUUAUUUUUUGUACCAUGCUUAGGUGCAAAAUAAAAAAAAUAUAUUAAGCAUAAA